CGUCCUCGUGUCAGUACUCAGUCUGUGUGUGGUACAACGCGCGACGGAGGAAACGGGUGUAUGCUACCCUGUGCUUUAUUUCAUAACUACGGACAUUUUUUUUUAAAUUCUAGCUGUGCAAUUACCCGACAACCAUCCACGGGACACGUUGGAAGCUACUUUGACUACUACUGGAUUUAAUAUAACCUCUAUUUGAAGGUGUUUUCUCCCACAAUAUCGAAGGGGGUUCCAUAGUCCAGCUGGACAGACGGAGGACGGGACCAGGGAGGUCUGAAAACAGCACUGUGAAGGAGCGAAAAACGACGUAAAGCAAAAGGGAGCGGAUAUUUCUUGCUUCUCUGUGGUGACUUGUGCGAAUGAAGGAUAUGCAACGACCUGUUUGUGGAUAUUAACAUUUAACCUGUGCAAGAGGGGAAGCGAGGGAGUCACUGGAGACAAAGGAGAAGUGAGAGCUUCGAUGACUGAGCGCCUCGCAGCCGCGAACGGUACUUUGUCCGCCGCCAUCCCGCACCACCCUGGGAGGGGGUGGUGGUGAGCUACUGCACUCGGGUUACUUGAAGAAAAACACAGGAAAACAACCGGUUCCCUCGGGUGAAGGACAGAUAUGUAUCCACAAGGCCGGCAUCCGGCACCUCACCAGCCAGGCCAGCCUGGCUUCAAAUUCACCGUGGCAGAAUCGUGUGACAGAAUCAAAGACGAAUUUCAGUUCUUGCAGGCUCAGUAUCACAGUCUCAAAGUGGAAUACGACAAACUGGCCAACGAAAAGACGGAGAUGCAGCGCCACUACGUCAUGUACUACGAGAUGUCCUACGGGCUCAAUAUUGAGAUGCACAAACAGACUGAAAUUGCCAAACGCCUCAAUGCAAUCCUGGCUCAGAUAAUGCCGUUCUUGUCACAAGAGCACCAACAGCAGGUUGCUCAAGCUGUUGAGCGAGCUAAACAGGUGACAAUGACUGAGCUGAAUGCUAUCAUCGGGGUACGUGGACUUCCCAAUCUGCCUCUCACCAAGCAGCAGCCGCCUCACUGUAUCUAUCCAACCUUCAUGCAGCAGCAGCUACAGGCCCAGCACCUCUCCCACGCAGCCCACGGGCCACCUGUGCAACUGCCCCCACACCCUUCGGGUUUACAGCCACCCGGCAUCCCCCCUGUGACGGGUGCUGGCUCUGGCCUGCUUGCACUCGGUGCUCUCGGCAGCCAGGCGCACCUGCCUGUCAAGGAUGAGAAGAACCAUCACGACCUGGAGCACAGAGGCCCCUCAUCUUUUCAUUCGCCUCUGGCUAUUCCUCUGAAAGAACGGGAGUCGAGCACGAAUAAUUCUGUGUCGCCAUCAGACAGCCUGCGGGCAGCAAGUGAAAAGCACCGCGGCUCCUCAGAUUAUGGACUUGACCCUAAGAAACGUAAAGUGGACGACAAGGACAACAUGAACAGAUAUGAUAGCGACGGAGACAAGAGCGAUGACUUGGUGGUGGACGUUUCUAACGAGGAUCCGGGCACCCCGCGUGGGAGCCCCGCUCACUCUCCUCCGGAGAACGGGCUGGAUAAAUCACGGGUUCUGAAGAAAGACGCCGCCCCUAACAGCCCUGCUUCGGUGGCGUCCUCAGGAAGCACGCCGUCCACCAAAGCAAAGGACCACACCCAUAUGACGAAUGACAAGUCAUCUACACCGAGCCUGAAGUCCAACACGCCCACACCCAGAAAUGAGGCACCCACACCAGGAACGAGCACCACUCCAGGGCUGAGGCCUCUGACUAUGGCUGCCCCUGCCCUUCGCACACCCCUUUCCAUUGCGGGUUCCUACGCCACCCCCUUUGCCAUGAUGGGUCAUCACGAGAUGAACGGAUCCCUCACCAGCCCGGGUGUCUAUCCUGGUCUGAUUUCACCUCAGAUGAGUGCCGCGGCAGCCGCCGCAGCUGCUUAUGGACGCUCACCUAUUGCAGGAUUUGACCCGCAUCCCCACAUGAGAGCUCCAGGCCUGCCAACCAGCCUCCCUUCCAUUUCAGGAGGAAAACCGGCGUAUUCUUUUCACGUGAGUGCGGACGGUCAGAUGCAGCCUGUGCCCUUCCCCCCAGACGCACUGAUAGGCCCAGGCAUCCCGCGGCACGCUCGUCAGAUCAACACACUGAGCCACGGGGAAGUCGUGUGCGCUGUCACCAUCAGCAACCCCACUCGUCACGUCUACACAGGCGGCAAGGGCUGCGUCAAGAUCUGGGACAUCAGCCAGCCAGGCAGCAAGAGCCCUGUGUCCCAACUUGACUGUCUGAACAGGGACAAUUACAUCCGCUCGUGCAAGCUGUUGCCUGAUGGCCGCACGCUAAUUGUGGGCGGCGAGGCCAGCACACUGACCAUCUGGGACUUGGCAUCGCAGACACCACGAAUUAAGGCGGAGCUUACUUCCUCCGCCCCAGCCUGCUACGCGCUGGCCAUAAGUCCCGAUGCAAAGGUCUGCUUCUCCUGCUGCUCGGAUGGCAACAUUGCCGUGUGGGAUCUCCAUAAUCAGACUCUUGUCAGGCAGUUCCAGGGCCACACGGACGGAGCCAGCUGUAUCGACAUUUCGCAUGAUGGGACCAAGCUCUGGACCGGAGGCCUGGACAACACAGUCCGCUCUUGGGAUUUGAGAGAAGGACGGCAGCUCCAGCAGCAUGACUUUACCUCACAGAUCUUCUCCUUAGGCUACUGUCCCACUGGAGAAUGGCUGGCUGUGGGCAUGGAGAGCAGCAAUGUGGAGGUGUUGCACCACACUAAGCCUGACAAGUACCAGCUACAUCUGCACGAAAGUUGCGUCCUCUCACUCAAGUUUGCCUACUGUGGUAAAUGGUUUGUAAGCACGGGGAAGGACAAUCUGCUGAAUGCAUGGAGGACUCCCUAUGGUGCCAGCAUAUUCCAGUCCAAGGAGUCGUCUUCGGUCCUAAGCUGUGACAUCUCGGCAGAUGACAAAUACAUUGUGACGGGUUCUGGUGACAAGAAAGCCACAGUCUAUGAGGUCAUCUACUAGAGACACUCUCGCUCUGCUUUAGCACUUCUACUGAGACUACUCUUCGCCCUGACUCUGCCAUCUAUCUGCAAAGUGGAAAACAAGACUUUUAUCCACCCUUGAAUACAUCUGCCACAGGGAAGCUGAUUUUUAUGUGCAGCCUUUUGUCGGGGGAGAGGGGCAGUUCACAUUCUUGUGUCUUAUUGUCUUUUGUAUUUUUUUUUUUUUUUUUGAGUAUUUGAGCCUAACCCAAUGAAGCAGUGCUUCAGCCCUGAGAACCAUGGUCCACAGAUGUCUUGUGAAAAGUGUACAUAUUGGAUUAAAUAAAAUUACCUUUUAUAUAUAUUAUAAAAUAUAUUCAUAUAUUUUCAUGUCCUGGGUGUACUUGUGAUAAGUUUUGGCCCUCACCGUCUUACUGAAAAUGUGAGCGCAAAUCAUAGAUUAGAACUUUUGAACUGUAACUCACUUUUGUUGUUUCCUUGAAGCACAUUCUUCAGGCUGACCUUUACAGCGAGAUGCAGUGAAACGGGACAUUGUAAACUAGAACGUUGUGGAACAUCUAAAUGGCCUUUCAGCUCAGUGCUCUUGUGGUCUGAUCUGCAUUGCCUGACUCUUUAGUGCAACAGUAGGACCCAGUGAGACUGAUCGAAAAGAAGAGAUUGAGCGAGUUUAAUGUUUAGCGAAACCCUUGGACCUCAGUUGGCAGCGGAAGCACUGCAGGAGCCAUGAACUUAACGACAAUGUGCUUUUAGCUAACUUUACAUAACAAGGGUUGUAGAAUUGCACCAUUGAUUUCUUAACUUGAUGCUACUGUUAAAAAGUCCAUCCCAAGCCAUCGAAGUCAAUCUGCCUCCUCUGUAUUUUCAUUUUAGCAUUUUAUUCAUUGAAUGUGUUUGGUCGCUCAUGACUGGGAGGCAGGUAGGCGUCAUCGAUAUCGUUGACUCCACCUUUCAGUCCUUUAGGAAAUGAUCAGUGCCUGUUCUUGAUGAAGCCGUGGGAGACAAAAGAAAUACGCACGACUGAAUCAAGUGUUGCUCAUGUUGACAUGAGCACUGAAUCGGUCUGUUUUUUUUACACUGUGCUCCCAAUGUCAGUCUUUCCUACAGAAAACAAUAGGGGAGGAUUGCCCUUCCCACUGUAUCACACCAAAGGAUGUAGCAAAUGCUGUCAGCACUGGGAAGAAAUGUAUAGUUGUAAAUAAAUCAAUAAACCUUUUUGUAGAAA